CGGGGCUGGGGCGGUGCCAAGCGGGGAGGAAAAGUCCGCGUUCGGCUCUUCCGCCAAGCCGUCACGGCCGCCGCAGUUCUCUCCAGGUCCUGUGAUCUUAUCAAGUCAUGUUGCCCAACACCGGGAAACUAGCAGGAUGUACGAUUUUCAUCACUGGUGCAAGCCGUGGCAUUGGCAAGGCUAUUGCCUUGAAAGCUGCAAAGGAUGGAGCAAAUAUUGUCAUUGCUGCGAAGACUGCCCAGUCACACCCCAAACUUCCGGGCACCAUCUUUACUGCUGCCGAAGAGAUUGAAGCAGCUGGAGGAAAGGCCUUGCCAUGUAUUGUGGAUGUGAGAGAUGAACAGCAAAUCAGCAGUGCAGUGGAGAAAGCAGUCAAGAAAUUUGGAGGAAUUGACAUUUUGGUGAACAAUGCCAGUGCUAUUAGCUUGACCAACACAAUGGAAACACCUACGAAGAAGGUGGAUUUGAUGAUGAGCGUAAACACCAGAGGCACCUACCUUACAUCUAAAGCAUGUGUUCCUUUUUUGAAAAAGAGUAAAAUUGCUCAUAUCCUCAAUCUCAGCCCACCACUGAAUUUAAAUCCAGUAUGGUUCAAGCAGCACUGUGCCUAUACCAUUGCUAAAUAUGGUAUGUCUAUGUGUGUGCUGGGAAUGGCAGAAGAAUUUAAAGAUGAAAUUGCAGUCAAUGCCUUAUGGCCUAAAACAGCUAUCCACACUGCUGCUAUGGACAUGUUGGGAGGAACAGGUAUUGAAAGCCAAUGUAGAAAAGUUGAAAUAAUGGCAGAUGCUGCAUAUUCCAUUUUUAAAAAGCCAAAAAGUUUUACUGGCAACUUUAUUAUUGAUGAAAAUAUCUUAAAAGAAGAAGGAAUUAAAAAUUUUGAUGUCUACGCGAUUAAACCAGGCCAACCUUUGUUACCAGAUUUCUUCUUAGAUGAACUCCCAGAUGCACUUAUGAAGAAAAAGGAAUCACAGGGUGCUGUUCCAGAAUUCAAAGAAGAGAAAUCACAGCCACAAGCAAAGCCACAUUCUGGAGCUGUGGAAGAAACAUUUAGAAUUGUUAAGGACGCUCUCAGUGAUGAUGUCGUUAAAGCCACGCAAGCCAUUUAUCAGUUUGAACUGUCAGGUGAAGACGGCGGCACUUGGUUUCUUGAUUUGAAAAGCAAGGGUGGGAAUGUUGGACAUGGAUGGCCUUCUAACCAUGCAGAUGUGGUGAUGAGUAUGUCCACUGAUGAUUUUGUCAAAAUGUUUUCAGGGAAAUUAAAACCAACAAUGGCAUUCAUGUCAGGAAAAUUGAAGAUUAAAGGAAACAUGGCCCUAGCAAUCAAAUUGGAGAAGUUAAUGAAUCAGAUGCAUUCCAGACUCUGAAGGAAAAGAAACGAAAAUGAAAAAAAAAAAAAAAAAGAAAAAAGAAAAAGAAACGAAAAUGUGGACUGCUGUGCUACAAAAGUAAAAAAGCUCAACAGUUAAAAUCUAACAUUUGUUGUCUUCCCUGUUGUAUUAUAAGGAUAUGCAUGUUGUUUUUUUGGUACCAGGGAUCAAACUCAGGACCUUGCACUUGCAAGGCAGGCGGCAGAACCACUGAGCUAAUCCCCUGGCCCUGCAUGUUUGUUCUAAAAAAUAAAUUUUCUUUAUCUAUAAAACUUCAAGUUGUAAUUAAAAUAGCCAAACAUAAGCUUCAUUAAGUGGAAUUUUAAGUCAUUUUGUUUUUAUAGCUUGAGAGUUUUUCCCUCUGGGCCUUAUAUCUCAUCUUCUUUCAGGAAAAUUAUGUAUUAUAUACAACCAAUCAGGAUCAAGCAGUGAAAUUAGCUCUUUACAAAACUGCUUCUCCUGUGAAAUAAGGGCAGUUUGUUUAAAAUUUUUUACUUUUGGAUUGUAUACUAAUGAAAAUUGUAAUGAUAAUUUGGAUUUUUUUAUACUUAAAGAAAAUCUAUGUGCAUUUCACAGAAAUCAUCUAAUAAAUACUGCUUAACAAAUACGACUUGUCAAAACUAAGUGAAAUAAAGUUUUUCAUUUUUUCAGCUAGCUUUCCAGAUAUAGUUAUCUAUAGGAAAAUAUUAAGUGUACUUCAACUAAUUGCAGUAUGCAUCCUAUUACAAGUAUAUUAAUAAACACUGUCUUGCUAUUGA